AUGGCUUGGGGCUGCAGGUACUCUCACAUCCACUCCUCUUCUCUCCAUCUCAUUGAGAACAAGGUGCACCUGCAGCCCCAAGCCAUGUCCUGCUACCCCCGGUGCCAGCCCUGCCAGCCCUGUGGGCCCACCCCGCUGGGCAGCAGCUGCAAUGAGCCCUGUGUCAGGCAGUGCCAGGACUCCACCGUCUUCAUCCAGCCCUCGCCCGUGGUGGUGACCCUGCCCGGGCCCAUCCUCAGCUCCUUCCCCCAGAACACCGCCGUGGGAUCCUCCAGCUCUGCUGCUGUUGGCAGCAUCCUCAGCUCUCAGGGAGUGCCCAUCAGCUCUGGGGGCUUUGGCCUCUCUGGCCUGGGCAGUGGCAUCUGUGGCCUCCCCUGCUGAAGCUGCUCCACCUGAAGUCUCCACCUGGAUCCCCCUCUCCUCCCUGUUUUGACUCAUUAAAUUCUGCUGCAUCCCA